AUCUGAUCCUGGUUGACCUGCGGCCCAGAGGCACGGACGGGGGCAGGGCAGAGAAGGUUCUGGAAGCCUGUUCGAUCGCCUGCAAUAAGAAUACCUGUCCAGGUGAUAAAAGUGCCUUGCGGCCCAGUGGGUUAAGACUGGGAACUCCAGCUCUCACCUCCCGAGGACUGGUGGAAGAUGAUUUCAGAACAGUAGUGAAGUUUAUUCACAAAGGUGUCGAGCUGACCCUUGAGAUUCAGAAGGAUAUGAACCCGAAAGCCACCCUGAAGGAGUUCAGGGAGAAGCUGGCUAAUGAUGAGAAAUACCAAAUGAAAGUGAAGCAGCUCCGGGAGGAGGUGGAAACCUUCGCUGGGCAGUUCCCAAUGCCUGGACUGCCUGAUCUUUAAACUGGGGCAGAUGGGUCUGACUUCAUGUGGGAUUUGCUUUGCUAGUAUUUCAGCUUAUUAAUGAUAAGUUACUGUUCUGUUCAUUCAUACUGUCUGUAUUAUUUCAUUUUUUUUUCUUGGAUGGCUAUCUCUUAACUAUCCAGAUUGCAGUGCCUUAAGAUGUAAGUUUGAACAUGAAAAAACAUUUUUGUAUUUUCAUACCUGUCUUUGAUUCCAGUAAAGAAACAUUGAAUAUUAGUGACAGUCAGAGUUAUUUUUGCCACUGAGAGGUGCACCUGUGACUGUGUGGGGGUGGAGGAAUGGUUGCGAGCCACUGCAGAAAUUCUCUGAUAUAAAGGGAAAAAAAAAGAAUUUGAGCUUUGUUCAUAUUCUGAAACCUGAGUCUAACAGUAUAUUCUUAAUUCACUGGUUUAAUGUUCCAUCUAUGCCAUUAAGACAAUUAGUAAUGUUAUACAUGCAUGUUUCGGGUGAGUAGCUAAGCUGCGGUGUUCUGGGCUGUGAUGUGCAUAAACUUAGAUCAGCUGACAAGUGUUAGUUUCCCUUCUUCUUGUGCAAUAAAACACCCCACUAUAAACCUCUUCUCACUGUUAAGAGUGCAUACCACCAGGGCCAUUCAAGCGUCUCUUCUGUUGCAGCAGGUCUUUAUUGAAACGUUCUACCAAAGUGGUAGGUGGGGUCUAUUGCAACGCUACAGGCUUGCAAGCACUUGGUGAUCAGGGACUUCAAAUAAAUAAAACAUGAUUCAGAAAUUGUUUACUGAACCUCUCAGAUGCCUACUGUGGAAAGCAACAAAGUGCUAAGAAAGGCUGAAGAAAUAAGGCUUUGAAGUGCAUGCAAAUUAUUAAAAAAAAAAAAAAAAAGAUUUGUGUGAGACAAAAAAAAAUGCAAAGACAGUUGUAUAACUAUAUAUUAUACAUGUGUUGUCAUGCAUUUUGGUGCAUACGUUUGUCUCAGGGGGGAGUAUUGGUUUGCACGUUUUGCAUGCAUCUGUACAGACAGCUUCCGCACAGUAAACUCGUGUGGUAAUACUCUCAUUAGGCUAAAACGGUAUUAAGCACGCUGUUAUCAAGUGUAACAGGUGGACAGACGUUUUCUGAAUCCUGCAUUGGAGAUAAUCAACAUUACAAGGCAAAGUUCAUAGCUAUUGUUUUAUGCGAUACAGUAUAUGUAUUGCUGCAGCUAGUUCAUUUUCAUUGCAACUAGAGUUGUAUAAAGAAAACGUACUGUUAACAAAAUAUUCACAUCAGGUCCUGGGGCCACAAAUGUGAUGAUUUCAAUCCAUACCAAAUAAACACAGACUAAUUGUGAUUUUACAUGGAAAUUGUUUUAAAAGGCUUUUUCACUGUGUAAAAUUUCCCUUCCUCAUGACGUUCUACACAGAGCAACAACCUGCUGGACUGUUUAUAGCAACAGUAACUAAGGCGUAGUUGAGCGUAGGGUCCUGGCAGCCUCGUUACAAAAACACAUUCCAAUGUUAAAUAUAUAGUUUAUAGUUACAGAAUACAUACACAGUAUCGUUAGAAAUACUGUUCGGAUGGGGGUUUUUUUUGACAUUUUCUAAAAGCUGAACUUAGUUUAACUAUCGCUGUUGUUCAGUUUGAACAGGCAGCGUUUAUGACCUGAGUUGUUCUGCCUUCAUAAAUCCAGGCGGGACUUUGCAAACAGAAGACGAGCCGGCGCAAGAUUAUUUAGACGGUUUUCAGUCUAAGAAAUCUUUCCUGUUAAUGUUUAAAAAAAAAAAAAACUAUAUUAUUACACAAUGCUGUCACCAGAGAGGUCGCUGUGCAUGCUGAACCGUGCAAUCGAGUGGUGUACGAGGGAAGAGCGGGGGAUACAGGAGAGCAUUGAUCACUGCAGGCAGCUGCUCCAGCCGAGGAGAAAGGAGACACAGGAAAUCUCUAAGGAAGAUUCAAAACCCGUCGCCAAAGAAGAGCCUGGCCCCCUCCCGGAGGAGAGGCAGGAGGUGGAGUUACUGGAGCGCGUCCUGGAAAAAGCCCUGCGGAUCCGGAGCACAGCCCUCAUUGAGGACCCUGCGGUGCUCGGGAAGGGGAGCCACGAGAAGGAUUGGGGUGCGACUGACUGCACCAGCUACCGUGACACCCAGCGAGCCACGAAGACAAAGAUCUGCAGCGGGGUGCCACAGGAGAGCAGGAAAACAGCAGCCACUAAAGCAGGGCCACAGCGGCUCUUGGGGACGGAGACUAAAGGGGCCAAGCAUCCCGCCACUCGGUCUGCCAGAACGCAGCAGGAGGCGGGGGAAAGCUCUCUGAAAGGGGCGCCCGUGUCCCGCAAGGUCAAGCAGCCCUCUGCGGCAAGCGGCAAGAGACAGCAGUACGGACCCAGCUCUGCACCAGUCUCGUCUUUCCAGCAGGAGUCUGUCAGGAAUCGGGAGCGUUCGGAGGAGAAGCGGGACGCUGCGUCCGGUGGGGAGGAGAGGAGAGCAUUCUCACUCAGAGAGGAUGGAAACACUUUACAGCUUCCCCUGGGCUGGAGAAAGCAGUGCCUGAAACACUCUAGGCUGUGGGACAAGGUCUCUCUUUCCCAAACCAACCCCGGAGUGGAGAGAACGCGUUUUAUUGAGAGACUCCAGAGCAGUUUUCACUCUGAGCUCCCAGCUUGCAGUCCUGCAGAUGUCGGUGAUGAGAUUCUAAAGCUCCAGGGGUCGUGCUCUGCUCUCAGGCGUGGCUUUGUGAAUGAGCAGCAAGCGCAACGCACAGCUUCUGCGAGCUGGGAAAGGGAUUAUGAGAGUAUGCUGACAAUAGAGGCCUUGCAAGAGACCGUAUCAAAACUGCUUUACCAGACCAAAGAGUUAAAGGAAGCGGUGGAGGCAUGGGAGGACGUGUUUCCGGGCGGUUGCUGUUCGCCGGGGACGGGAAGCCUCAGGGGAAAGACAAUAAGUGAUACUCCAGUCCUGCGUUACUCUGGUGUACAGGAACUGAAAGAGCUGGAGAUGCUGAAACACAGCGUGAACGUCCUGCAGCAGCAGAUCGAGAUUCACAAGGUGAUGUCUGAGGAGCUGACCCCCUGGUUUCCCCCCAUGUUGUCCUCGGGAUGUCCCGACCCGGCUCUGACACGCGGGCUGUACUCUCUGCUGGGUGAGGGCGGGCAGCAGUUCCCUGCCUUGGUUCUAGACAAUGUGCCUGACUAGAAAAAAAAAAAAAAAACAACACUGUUGCCUUGCUUAGCGUGCAGCACAUCCAGCGAGACAGAACUGGAAUCGGGGCACUGCUCUGCAUUAAACCCUAAAAACAUCCCUCCAAUAAUUAUUUAAUAUUAUAAAAUAUUUAUUUAAAAAUAACAUUUGUAGUUUUUUUUUUUUUUCUUAUAAGUUCCGGCUCUGAUGCAACAGGCUGUGCUCCAAUGAAUACCAGUGACCUGUGCCUUUCCAAACUGUACGUUAACAUAUUCUGUUGAAUUUUAGUUGAAAAGUUCAUUGCCUGCCACUGCAGUACAAUUUGAAUGUUGAGUUUUAUCUGCAGAGGGCGCUCAAACCCCACUAAAUAACCUGAAGAGCUACCUCAGCUCAUGCACUGUAUUCACAGUUGCUUGACUGUCACAAGGGAGGAGACCUGAACCUACUAUUGCAUUAUGUGUAGCUCCUAGGCGGUGUGGGUGCUUUGGGUCGGUUCAGUGUGGUGUAGUGGUCAGAUUGAUCACUGUGAACUGCACUCUACAGGGACAGACCUGUGUCUGCUCUCUGCAGUAGAGAGAGUGGCUCUAAGUAAUACCCUGUCUGGUAAAGCCUCCUGCAAGGAUUAAAACCCAUCAUUCUUGAGCCAUUUUCAGUGUGAAUAAAUGAGCAAUUUCUAAAAGGGCAACAAGAUCAAUGAGUAGCGGAGCACCAUCAGAAAGCGCUUUAAAAGAUAUGAGACUAGGGUGUGUGAACC